AUCAUGGCGGCGCACAACUCCGAUUUCACCUUCCCUCCCAAACCAGGCAAUCCCGUGAGAAUGUCGACACAUACCUUGGGAACGAAGCUCAAGGCCGUCGUCACGCCGCCUGACCACCCGUCUGCGCAGACAUUCUCGCACCAAUGGAAGCGGCGAACCUGCUCUGCGUAUGUGAGCCUUUCGACCAACAGUUCGUGCCAGCAGAUAGUAACGUAAGAGACGUUCCUCAAUGGCGGUGAGAUUCCGCCUGUGGCGGAGCAGACACGGCAGCCGCGAGAGGGGAUCCUCCACGGAUGCCCUUGCGCCCGAAGCAGCGAUAGCAGGCCGCGAAACGGACCAGAAGCUUCGCGACGAGAAGUCCGCGUCCCGAGUGCGGUCGCUGCGGCUGUGGGGGCUGGUGCUGCUGGCGGGACUCACCAUCGGAGUGCUGUCAUGGCUGCUCGCCACCGUCGUCGUCGAGUUCGUCGACCUCCUCUACUCUCUCAACGAUAAGCUCCUCAACGUUCACGACACCCGGCGCGCUCCCUUUUCCCGCGUUUUCUUCGCGUCACUCUUCAUGGCGCUCAUCCAAGCCGCGCUGGUCGGCCUCGCGGCGAUCCUCACCGUCAACGUCGCGCCGCUCGCCAACGGCUCCGGCGUCCCCGAAAUAAAGGGAUUCCUUAACGGAAACAGCAUCCCGGGGUUCUUCGAGGUGCGCACGACGGUGGUCAAGUUCCUGGGCUUGAUUCUCGUGGUGGCGGGGGGCAUGCCCGUGGGCCGCGAGGGGCCCAUGGCGCACAUCGGCGCGGGGAUCGCCGUUGCGCUCGUGCACCUCCCGCUCAUCGGCCUCCACGCGCACCCGCGCAGCGACGCGCAAGGCAAGAAGCGCGCGAAUAAACCGCGCAGAGAAACGGGCGCACGCGGCGGAAAGCCUAGCAGCGGCGGCGGAGCGCCGGCGGUGGCGUGGCUGGAUCGCGACGAGCAGCGCGCGUUCGUGACGUACGGCGGCGCGGCGGGCGUGGCGGCGGCGUUCAAAGCGCCCAUCGGCGGCGUGCUGUUCAUGUUCGAGGAGGUGUCCACCUUCUGGUCCGCCGAAGCCACCUUCAAGUCGUUCGUCGCCGCCACCAUAAGCACCCUCGUUAUAGUCCUCCUCGUGGAGUCCAUGGCCGGUAUAGUCACUUACGAGGCCUUCCUCCUCUUCGUUCUAAACCCGGUAACCAUCUCAUGGACUGCCAAGGACGUGGGCCCCUUCCUCCUGCUGGGCGUGCUGGGCGGGCUGCUGAGCCGGCUGUACACGCUACUGUCGCUCAGGGUGCUGCGCGCGAGGCGGACCGAGACGUGGCGGCGGCGCAAGGCUGUGAAGAUUGUGGACGCGGCUGUGAGCGCGCUGCUGGUGUCGCUGCUCUUCCACCUCAUCCCCGCCCUCUCGCCCUGCAUCUCCCUCCCCAGUGACAGCGCCACCACGCCCGCUGCUCCCCCCCCUGCUCCCCCCUCGUAUGGCUCCAACGGCUCGUCUACUGCACACGUGGCCUUCUCUCCCUCGUGGCAUGCUGCUCAUUCAGCGACGUCAUCUGCCACGCUUGCAGAACAGAGAGCAUCAGCACCAUCAGCAGCACUAGUGCCGCAAUUUAAAGCAGCAAGUGCGUCAGCAACAGCAGGUGAUCCAGGGAGCGCAACAGCAGCAGCAGCAGGCACGGAGGCAGGGGCACACGGCGAGGGAGCAGAGGGGCACGUGGUUCUGGUGCAGUACGACUGCCCUGCAGGCGAGUACAACGAGCUGGCCACGCUCUUCCUGCGCGGCGAGGAGGGCGCAGUCAAGCACCUCAUGGGCGACAGCGACGCCGCGGGCGCCACCUCCCGGGUCUUCCCGGCAGCAGUGGUGGCCAUCUUCCUCCUCGCCUACUUCCUCCUCGCGUCGGCCAUCUCGGGCCUGGCGGUGCCCAGCGGGCAGUUCAUCCCCCAGCUGCUGUACGGGGCGGGCCUGGGCCGGCUGUACGGCAUGGCGCUGCACGCUGUGGGGCCGCAGCAGUUCGCCCAGCCCAGCAUCUAUGCGCACGUGGGCUCCGCUGCUUGCCUCGCGGGGUACACGCACCUUACCAUCUCCCUUGCCGUGAUGUUGAUGGAGGCAUCAGGAGACAUCAGCCUGCUUCUUCCCAUCCUCUGUGGCAUUGCAGUGGCCAAAGCAGUCGCCCAGUUCUUCGGCCGCAGCUACGACGAGGUGCUUCUCUCCAUCAAGAAGAUCCCCUUCCUGCAGGACAAGCCGCUCCCACGCCAUGCGGGGCUGCAGGCGCGCCACCUCAUGGACCGCCACACUGCACAGCUAAGGGAGAUGGAGACGCCCUCGCUCAUCCGCGCGGCGCUCAUGGGGUGUUUCUCCCCCGCGCUCAUGGUGGUGGAUGCGGACGGGGGGCUCAAAGGGGUGGUCAGCCGCGCAAGGCUGCUCGCUCUGCUGGCUGCGCAUAACCAGACCUGCGAUGCUGCUGCUGCUGCGGCUGCCGCUGGUGGUGUAGCUGGUGCCGGUGGUGAUGGUGGUGGUGCUCCUGCUGCGGCAGUCGGGACAGGCGCUGGUGCUAGUGAUGCUGCUGGUAAUGAUCGGCGUGGUGCUCCCAGUGAUGCUGGUGCUGGUGGUGCUGGUGGUAGUGGGGGAGAAAGGGUGCGGCUGGUGGGGCUGCAUUGGCGUGCUGCCAUGAAGCGACCUCCGUGGAAGAGGAGAGCGAGAGUGGGGAUAGACGAGGGGGGGGACGCGAGAAUGGAGGAGGGCAGGAGGACAGGUGAAGAAGAGGGAGAGAAUGAAAGACAAGGGGAAGGCGUAGAAGAAGAAGAGGAGGAGGAGGAAGAAGGGGAGAGCCACGAGUGGGAGACAGAGGCACAGCGGCGCGUGAGAAGAGAAAGAAGAAGAGGCCACCGGUACACAGAGGAACUUUCUCAGAAGAUUCUCUCGUGCCACGACGACAGUGAGACGGGCGAGGAGCGGUGCAUGCGCGACAUGGUGCGGCGCGAGGAGGAGGAGCGCCUGCUGGACCGCACGCUCAUGGCCAUGGAGACCAACGCCAGGCUCGCGGACCAGCAGUGGGCGGCAGAAGAUGCGCUCUGGGCGGCAGUUCCCUCGCUGCACAGCGCCCCUGCUGCUGCUGGCGCUGGUGGUGGUGGUGCUGCUGGCUCUGCUGCGUCGUCCACCCAUGGUGGUGGCAUGGGUGGGCGGGGUGCUCAUGCGUGCAGCACUGAUGCAUAUCGUGGGCAUGCACACCGAAUGGGGCAUGUGCGUGAAUAUGGGCACGGUCAAGCACAUGGGCUGGGUUAUUAUGGGUAUGGGUACGGGCGUGCAGGAGCCCCCGCAGACAGUGCAGAUGGCAGGAGCGGGCAGCCCCACAGCACAGGCAGUCACAGCCCUCUCCCCCCUCGGCCUCCUGCUUUUGGUGCCUUCUCGCCUGCGCCUGCUGGCGCUGCUGCUGACACUGCUGCUGCCUCUGGUGAUGCCUCAGGUGCUUGUGCCACAGAGGCGCAGGCGGUGGAAACCUUCCAGCAGCAGCAGCAGCAGCAGCAGCAGCAGCAGCAGCAGCAGCAGCAGCAGCAGCAGCAGCAGCAGCAGCAGCAGCAGCAGCAGCUGAAAGGAGAGCAGAGCCCUGAAAGGGCAGGAGGAGCGAGCACAGGGGUGGGCAUUGAGGAGGGAGGAGGGAAGGAAAACGAGGUGGAAGGAGGGGGUGAGGAGAGACAGGAUGAUGGGGAGAGGGUAGAAGGGGAAGAACGAGUUGGGAGGGAAGCUGAGAGGAGUAGUGGGGAAGUGAGUGGCAGAGGGGUUGCGAUGAGUGGCGAGGCUGAAGUGUUGUUGGAUCUGACGGAGAUCAUGGACCCGUACCCCUUCCAAGUGGCCCACUGCACGCCCAUCCUCCGUGUCUUCCCCCUCAUGCGCAAGCUGAACCUGACAUACAUCUGUGUGGUGGACAACACAGGCCAGCCGGCGGGUCUCAUAACACGAUCGAAUUUAAUCGAGGCCAAGCCAGUCCACGCCAGCGUCACCACGUGGGGCCACUUCGGCCUGCCCUCCUUCCGCCUCUCCCGCCGCUUCUCCUCCCGCACCUCCCUGGCCUCCCUCACCCCGGAGGCCGCCCAGGCCGCCCGCGACCGCGCGGCGCGCAUCCUAGAGGCACUGGACCCGGACGCCCUGGCCAUGGGGGACACGGUGCAGCAGCAGGCCGAGGCCACUGAGCGGGUGAAUCUGGCUUCUAUGCUGGCUGCUAUGGAGUCUGUGAGGCAGUUGUACCAGCACCCCAGCGCGCACACAGGGGAGGCGACUGAUCAGGACAUGCAGCAUGAGGAGAGGAGUGGGGAGGGAGAGGAGGGAGGGCGGGAAGGCGGGAGGGAGGGGGAGCGGAGGGAGGGGCAUGGGGCGAGGGAGGGGCAGAGGAGGAGGAGGGCAGGGAGGUUGGACCCGAGGGCGCGGUGGCAGAAGGCCGUGCGACUGGUGGUGGAGAGCCUCAGGGCGCAGGCCGCCGUGGCUGCUGUGAGCCGGGCCAACCGACCUUUGCUGCUGGCAGCUGAUGCUGGGGGAGGGGGAAGGGAGGCUGCUGGUGCUGCUGGUAGCAGAGGGAGGGGUGCUGAUGCUAGUGCUGGGAAGGGGAGGGAGGGGGGUGGAGGAGGGGGUUCAGGACGCAGGGUAGGGAAGGAUGUGAACGGACAAGGGACUGUUGGGCAGGAGAUGGCAGGAGAGGGGGGAGGAGGGCCGGUGAGGCAUGUGCACUGGGGGGGAGAGGAGGGCACGGGAGGGAGGUUGGGAGCAGAGGGUGGUGACUGGGAGACGGCAGGGGAGGAUGCUGCAGCGACUGACAUGCUGGUCCCCAGGGAGGAUGUAGGUGGGGGAGAGGAGUGCGAACAGCAGUACGGGCAGGGGGGGUGAGGUCAUGGAGAGCAGAGAUGGAAGACAUGCAUGGAGGGCAUGCCUCCCGGAGCGCGCACAGUAAGAGAGUGCGCAGGGCACGUGGAGGGAACACAACGCACACUUGCGUCUGAAUGAAGACAUGCCCGGGCGAUGAUUCCAUGACCACAGCUCAGCAGCAGCAGCAGCAGCAGCAGCAGUGACCACAGCACAGCAGCAGCAGCAGCAGCAGCAGCAGCGACCACAGCACAGCUCACACAAAGAUAUUUCGUGGCUACUACUGAACCAGACGAUGCAUUCACCUUGCAGUUUAU